AUGUCGGUGGGUUGGGGCAGCCUGCCACUUCUUCCGCUGAGAUGUGUACUGGAACAUCUGAGCACGGAGGAUGCAUUGGCAGCGACGUCCGUCUGCCGCCACUGGCGCACCGCCCUUCUUAUGUACGAGGGACGCAAGGAAACAUUGAAACUAAGAGUGAAGCAACUGGACAAAAGUAUGUUCUUGACGCGCUUGUUUAGAAAAUACACGAGGCGUCUACACAUCUACAUUGACUGCAGCGAAGCAGAGCUUGAGGAUUUUAUUAACUAUGUACUGCCUCAAUUCUUCGACACGCAGAAGUUGAUUGAAGUGAUAUUCAUAGGUCCGAGCUAUAUAAAACAGAACCACCAUGCACCACUGGUUAAAUUAAAGAGAAAAAUAACAGAGAGCUUGCUGUUCAAACACCUCCACUGCAUACAGAGGUUGGCGUUUAUGGGUUGUGAGAUGAGCACCGCAAAGAAUGUCGAAAACGAGAAGUAUACGCACAAGCACUUCGACUAUUACUCGAGGCCGCUCUCGUUCAGCAGCGUCGCGCACCCCGCCGACACCGUGCUCUCCAGGUGCAAUGUCGGAUUGAUGGUGUUCUCUACACUGCAGCACAUAUCAGUCGAUUAUGACCACAUAAGCACGGAAGCCUUAGAAACGUUAUCCCACCUCACAUUGUUCAAGAAUCUCACACUCAAUAUCGCGCGAAGAAGGAAGUUGCUCCUGGAGCCUAUCGAUUGGCAUCGAUUAAACGCCUUCUAUCCGAACGGACUUGACGUCUCCGUUAACAUUAUUGCUCUACCAGCUCAAAAGCUGAAAGAUGUGAUGGAUAAGGUUCUAGUCGACGGAUUGACGCUCACUUCGUUGAAAGUAAUGUUUUGUAAAACGUUCUACGCACCACUUCUGAGGCACAUAGUGAGUCUUUAUAAGUCGACGUUGCGCGAACUGGUAUGGGUCGACUGCCCCGACGAUUCUUCGGACACCCAUAAUAGAGUUAUCAAAACCAGCCACGACGAUGAGUAUGACGUGUGCAACGUGAACCCCUUGAUACUGAUAUGCUGGCUGUGUGCCCAACUUCAAAGGCUUGUUAUACACGGUUACUGGGUGUGGCAGUACGACGUGGUGGGUUUCCUGCGGCUGCGCAAGUCGCUGCGGCGGCUGGAGGUGUCGGCGGUGGCGGGCGCGGGCGGGCGGCGCGGUGCGCGCCUGCAGCGUGGCGCCGCGCCGCGCGUGCUGCCCGCCGACGUGCCGCCGCCACUCGACGCGAGCUUCGUGCAGCACGUGAAUGAACACACUGAUUUCAAAUGGAAACCGUGUCCGUGGAGCAAACUCCAUCCAGGACUGCGCGCCCGAUCCACGCCCGAGCAACGGGCUGACUACGUACUGCAUGAAGCCAGGCAGACGUUGGGUGUUACGUAA